AUGCUUCCCAGCACGAGACCUCCUCUGCCCCCAGGCCGACCCGUCAUCGACAAGGUCUCGAAAGAUGAGGAGGACGGCAGCAAGACUAAUUGGGCUGACUAUAGUCAGAGCGAAAAUACCGAUGCUGAAGACAAACCGACUCGGGAGGAGGAGGAGGAGGAGGCGGAGACUACCCUUAAUUCGGAGAAGGCGAGUGUAGACGAUGAGCUCUACGUCGAUAUUCCAAGCCCCAAGGGAGACGCUCCAACUCUACCACCGCCCCCUUCACCACCGUCGAAGUCCGAUGAGCCGCCGUCUUCUCAGCAGCCUGAGACUUCUCCAGCUAGAGUUAGCAGCAAAUGUGUGGCGGACGACGACGAUAAGGAGUAUCUAACGUUCGCUACCUGUGAGAUGUCGCCAGCCUUGUUGAAGGAGUGGGGGAUCAAAUACGGGGAUCACUGGUAUGAGACAAUGAAAAGCAACGAAAUCGUUCUCUCCGACGGUCAGAAUGUGCCAGGAGUGGGAGAGAACUGGAUAUAUUGCCUCCUCUGUGAUAAGAAGUUCUGCAGCUUCGACGCCUUGAAGAUUCACUUGAGAUCUUCCCUUCAUGAGAAGAGGAUCAGCGCUUUCAGAGGGGUCGACCCUCAUGGUUGGGUGUGUACGGUGUGUUGUGGUCAUCACGCAGGGGCUGUCCUUCCCAGCUCGGCUCUGAUGGAGAUGCAUCUUAUGAGCGACCAACACAAUGCGGAGUGUGUCGCGCUGGGUAUUGAGCCUUUCUGGGAAGUUGAUGAGGAUGCUGCUACGUUAGUCGGACAGAGGAAUGCGGAGAUCAUGAGCGAGAACUGUAUGGUGACGAUAAGGUAUGAAGAGAAUCCUGUGUGGGUGUACUGUGCGAUCUGUGAUGCACGCAUGGAAGGUCUCAUACCGCUCCAUCGUCAUGUUGAUAGCGCUGGUCACAAGAGUGGCCUGGAGGCGGCUAAUACAAUCGAUCGUCGUAAGGGAUGGUCCUGGGGGGCAACAGCUAUCAUUGAUGAGGAUGGUACGGUGAUAGAUCCUAAGUGGCCGAAUUGCAUCGAGGAUAGCGAGUUUGGGUGGGAGUGUUCAUGGUGUGAUGCCCAACUCGCCAGUUCAUGGCAUGUGGUGAAUCAUCUUCAAGGCAAGAAGCACAAGAAGGCCGAGGCGUAUCGCGCCUAUGAGGUAGAAUCGAUCCCGUCCCCACCUAGUCGUGACCCUGUCUACGUUGCUCGUUCCGAAGAACCCAUUUCUCAACUACCUGUUAAAAAGCCGUUGAGGCCCCUGAAACCUGCCGGUCUGCCUCCUCGCCGCCCAUCGCGCUCGCCACCAAGACAGACCUUUGAGGAGAGAGUUAUGGCCUUUGAAGGGAGCUCGAAGUCCAAUGGUGGACCUGAGCAUGGUCUCUCGAGAGGCCAUGCAGCCCGGCAGUUCGAGUUUGUUACCCAGCAGUGUGUGAAGAUCUAUGGAUACUUUCCCCCCAAGUGA